UGUGAACCGGAAGUUGCGGUAAAAUACAAAUUCUACCAAAUAAAGUUUAAAAAGAAGUUCAGAAAGGAAACAAACUUAGUGUCCCUCUCCUCCUUCUCCUCGGUGUCUGAAGUUCACCCUCCUCCCUGAUCGAUGGCUCUGACUGCGGAACACACAAAAAUGUUCCUGUACGUCCUCGGUCCAGUGGCUCUCUGGUUUCUCUACCGCUGGUACAAGGAGAGCAAACGGGUUCCCAACAAGGGAGAUAAAUACGUCUACAUCACCGGCUGUGACUCUGGCUUUGGUAAUCUCCUGGCGAGGCACAUGGACCAGCUGGGCUUCCGUGUGAUCGCAGCUUGUUACACAGAGAAAGGUGAAGAUGAGCUGAAGAAGAACUGCUCUGACAGACUGGUGACGGUUCACCUGGACGUCACCGACUCUGAAAGUGUCGGCAAAGCAGCGGUACUCAUCAAGACUCUGGUUGGAGAGAAGGGCCUUUGGGCGGUUGUGAACAACGCCGGAGUCUCGGUGCCGUCCGGUCCCACUGACUGGCUCACUAUAGAGGAUUACAAGACCAUGCUGUCCGUCAACCUGUGCGGCGUCAUCGACGUGACAUUGAGCGUCCUCCCUCUCAUCAAGAAGUCCAGAGGCAGAGUGGUGAACGUCGCCAGCGUGUUUGGGCGAAUCAGCCCGUUCGGGGGACCUUACUGCGUGUCCAAGUUCGGCGUGGAGUCCUUCAACGACAGCCUGCGAUUAAACAUGGGUCCAUUUGGAAUAAAGGUGGCGUGCAUUGAGCCGGGCUUCUUCAAGACCAAUGUGACUGAUACAGAGAUUAUGAAAAGUAGCCUGAAGAAGCUCUGGGACAGACUGCCUCAGGAUGUGAAGGACGAGUAUGGACACGGUUUCUUGGGGGCAUCUCUGGACAUGUUGGACGCGAGGUUCAAGCUGCUGACGGACGGGAACCUGAUGAAGGUGGUCGGCUGUAUGGAGCACGCCAUCUCCGCCGUUCACCCUCGCACUCGCUACUCUCCAGGGUGGGAUGCGAAGUUCUUGUGGUUGCCUCUGUCCUACAUGCCCACCUGCAUCAUGGACAGAGUUCUCCGUAAAAGCAGCCCCAAAAUACCUUCACUGAAGUUCAAAUGAGUUACUGGAGGAAAGAAUGAUGGGUAUAAUUUGAAGAUCAAUUUUUGUGUCUUUUAUUAGAAAUACAAUAAAAUAUUAAAUACUGACCACAACAUAACAUUUUAUGUAUUGUAAACCAUGUUGGCCUCUUCAUUUUUAGUUUUUUCGAAUGCCAUAUUGAUUAUAAGAUCUAAGGUAGCGGCCUUUGCUUCUUAAGUCACAUGAUAUUGAUCUCAAACUUGUAAAUACUUUGUUCUUCGUGGACUUUGGCUCCUCUGUUUCUGUUUAAACCAGAAUAUUUUAGAACCAGGCGGCCUUUCCUCUGAAUAACUUUUUUGGGCUGUUGUGUUUUUCAGAGUGGAUUUAAGGUAAAAGGUUGGGGGAAUGUAGCUAUCAAAACCAGGGGUCACGUCAUCUGGUGUUGUCUGUUACACAAUACCGUGUUAGUGAAACAUUUAGCCUCCGCUGUUUUAUUGACAGCACGAUGGACCUUGACACUGCAGACACACUGAGGCAUCAGACACUAACACGACUGCACCUGAAGCUUCCACUGUUGACUGAGAGGGAAAUUGUAGACAUGGUAUGUUUGCAUUAUUAAUAUUUAUAUUAGUAAUAGUAGUAGUAGUAGUAGUAGUAGUAUCAUUAUUACACAUUGCAUCAUUUUGAUACGUGUUAAUUGGCUUUGCUCAUUAGGACAACAUUAGCUUCAUUGUUUUUGUUAAUUUUAUAUAAAAUUAAGGAACUAAUUUAACUAUUUAGUUUUUUUUUUUGCACAAACCAGUUCAAUCUGAUGCCACCGGGUGUGUGCAUUAAGAGAUCAGAUCACUAAAAACACAACAAAUUAAAACUCCACCCUCCCCCCUUUUGUGGUGUCUGCUGCUGAGACCCAGUACAAUGGAUAUAACCAGGCAAUGUCCAGUUUUUAAAUGAUCUGAGCACUACAAACAUUCAGUUAAUCUCUGAAUGCAUUAAUAUAGUACAAUGGUGGAGGAAGUAUUCAGCUCUUUCACUUAAGGGAAAGUACAAAAAUAUUGUUAGAAAAUGUAUGAGAUGUAUUAAUUAUGCAGGGGAAUUGGCCAUAUGAACGUUAUUACGUACAGUAUUAUCAUACAUUAUAUUCUCGGAUUAAUGUUACUGAUUCAUGUGUACAUUUUACUGUUGGUUGAGGUGGAUUUAUUCUAACUACUGUUGUGUAGUUUAUUAGAUAACAAACAUUUUCAGAGCUGAUCAAAUGUUUUGUCUGUCAAAUUAUAAUGUGAAAAGUGACUUUCUACCACAGCUGUCAUCCCUCAGCAAUGUUGGGGUAGUAGUAAAAGUCUAAAGAACUAUAAGAUGUAAUAAAGUACCUCAAACUGAA